CGCUGCUGUAACUGAGAGCUUACGGAUCGCUUGGUGACUUGAAGAACAGUGUCUACACAAUGGCAUCAUCAGCCCCUCUGUCCAAGGCCAACACCAGCUUCUGUCUGGAUCUGUUCAAACAGCUGAGUGACAACGACAAGACWGCAAAUGUCUUCUUCUCUCCUUUUAGCAUCUCCUCAGCCCUGGCUAUGGUGAUGCUGGGGGCCAGAGGCAACACACAGACACAGAUGUCAGAGGUCCUCUGCUUCAUCGAGACCCUGAAACCAAACCAGGCAAACUUUCGAGAGGAUUCACCAAUGCAGUCACAGAUGCAGACACGCCUUCAGUUCCAGACGCAGUUACAGCAGCAGUCCAGACUGCCAAACUAUCUGCGCAACAUGUGCAUGAAGCCCCAGGAUGGUCAGGACGACGUCCACACCAGCUUCAACCAGCUGCUGAGCACACUCAAUGUGCCAGACAUUCAGUUUACCCUCAGCAUUGCUAACAGACUGUACGGAGAGCAGUCCUACCAGUUUGUUAAGGACUUUUUAGAGGAAACCAGGAAGCACUACGAGGCUGAGCUGGAGUCUGUGGACUUCCAAACCAGCUCAGAGGAGGCCAGGGUCAAUAUCAACAGCUGGGUGGAGGAGCAGACACAAGGUAAAAUCAAGGACCUGCUGGCCAAGGAUGUAGUGGACAGCGCGACUGUGCUGGUGCUGAUCAAUGCCAUCUACUUUAAAGGCAGCUGGGACAAACGGUUCGAGGUGGAUUCUACUGUUGAUGCUGCGUUUAGAAUAAACAAGAAUGACACUAAACCAGUGAAGAUGAUGUGCCAGAAGAGUGAAUUCACUUUCACCUCCAUUCCUGAGAUCAACUGCCAGAUCUUAGAGAUGCCUUAUAAAGGGAAGGACCUGAGCAUUCUCAUCUUCCUGCCCAAUGAGAUUGAGGACGAUACAACAGGCUUGGAGAGGCUGGAGAAGGAACUAACCUAUGAGAAAUUUGUGGAGUGGACUCGUCGAGAUUUAAUGGGCCAAACCAAGGUCGAGGUGAGGCUGCCUCGCUUCAAGAUGGAGGAGACGUACAACCUGAAUGAUGUCCUGAAGGGCAUGGGCAUGGUGGAUGCUUUCGAUGUCGCAAAGAGUGACUUCUCUGGCAUGUCUCCAGCCAACAACGUGGUGCUGUCAAAAGUCGUCCACAAGUCUUUUGUGGAGGUAAAUGAAGAGGGAACCAAAGCUGCUGCCACCUCUGCCGCCGUUUUACAGGAGCGCUCUAAUAUGAUUCCUGCCACGUUCAUCGCAGACCACCCCUUCCUCUUCUUCAUCCAACACAACACCAACAAGGCGGUCCUCUUUGCCGGUCGAUUCUGCUCCCCUGAGUGAACCCCCGUGCCUCUUGGCAGUAUGAGGGUUACAUCUAACAUGUCUCAGGGGUUUUCAGGGUUGAUAAUUCAUCCUCUGCAUUACUCUAGCUAUAAAUCACAUUCCCCAUCUGUUUGACAUGUAAAAUCCCAUCCUAUAUUUGCAGGCGCACAAAUCUACAGGAAAUCUAAAAGGAAAAGAUGGCGCUGCACAGUGAUCCCUCACAUUAACCUCUAGGAUUACAAAACAAAGUGUCUGCUGCCCAGAGUCUGUUGCCUGCAUUAAAUCCCAACUGAGCUAUUUCACUCACAUAUUUCAAUAAGAAAAAGGCUUCUAUAUGUAACUUGACCAUAUAUCGUGAACAUUAAAUGAAAUAUUAGUAACUAUCGAAACAGCUUCAUGAAAGUAUGCAUAAAAGUA